AUGGCGGCAGCAAUCAUCUGCGAGUGCAUUCGUCGAGAUUUCGAAUGCUUUGUCUUUCUUGAUAAAAUCGGAGAAGCAGAUCGAGUUGAUAUAUUAGGCCUACAAAAGAAGCUGCUCCAUAAUCUCAUGAAGGUGGAAGGAUUGAGGACCUACGGCGACAUUCAGACCAACAUCAACGAGAUAAAUAGUAACAUGUGCUUUAAAAGGAUACUUCUUGUUCUUGACAAUGUUACUAGUAAAGAACAGAUUGACUACUUCUGGGCAGGAGACCGAGAACUGCUGUGUCCUGGGAGCAGAAUUUUGAUCACAACCCGAGACCAAAACUUGCUAAAAGAUCUCAAGGUAGACGACAAGUAUAUCGUCAAAGGAUUGGACCCGAAUGAAGCGCUCCGGCUCUUUCGUCGCCAUGCCUGGAAGAGAGAAGAACCUCAAGAAGGCUAUGAGGAGUUGUCCCGAAAUCUAGCUCAUUAUGCAGGAGGUCAUUCAUUGUCUCUUAAAUGGUUGGGCUCAUUCCUAAACGGCAUGCCGAAACAACAAUGGCCUCACAUAAUGGAGAAGUUGGUUAGAAGCCCUUAUCUCGAUUCGCUCAUUCAUUCCUCCGAAUCAGUUGGGCCAUAUGGAGGUCAAGGCGGUGAUGCUUUUGAAGAUGGGACACACAAUGGGCUGGUGACAUUGGACCAUCAAUACCUGAUUUCUGUGUCAGGCCAUAUCGAUGAUGAUGGAGGUCAUGAUGUUGUUCGGUCUCUCAAGAUCCACAGCAACAAGAAGACGUACGGACCAUUUGGUGCAGAAAGAGGACGGCCUUUUGACCUCUCACAUUCUGGUAGACAGAUUAUCGGGUUUCAUGGAAAAUGUUGCAGCCAUCUCCACUCAAUCGGAGCCCAUUUCGGGCCAAUUUCUCAUGUGUAUCCAUAUGAUGUCGUGGGACCAUUUGGUGGUGAUAGUGGCAUGGACAUUUGGGACGACGGAAAACACACAGAUGUGAGGCAAGUCGUCGUAGGCUUCGAUUCGAGCGAUCUUUUCUGA